AUGGAUUUGCAAGCCUCUGUUGCUGGACCUUCUCGUGCCCGGUCAACUUUUUCUGAACCGUCAGUAAACCAAAACCCAUCGUUCUACAAUCCACCUUCAUCAUCAAGUAGAUCAUCGACUCCCUCUCACAGUGCAUAUGGUAGACAUUCAACCCUGACGCCCGGCCUGCAUGGGAGGUCAUCAACACCAAGUAUAUAUGGGAGAUCAUCAACGCCUAGCAUAUAUGGCGGUGGUAGAUCGUCAACACCGCUUGAUUUUCAUGGCAGAUCGUCAACUCCAAUACUGUAUCCUAACGGAGCAAGGUUCAGAUCAAGCUCAGUCAUCACUUCAAGUCAAAAAUCAGAUGAAGAAUUCAUGAGACAAAGACGCGAAUCAGUCAAUAAAUUGAAAUCAUCAUGGGAUCUAUUGAAUGAGAAAUAUGGAAUGAUCAAUCUGGAAGAUGAUGACGAAAUCGAUCUACGUACUGGAAAAAUAAUAAAAGAUAGAGGUAGAUUGAGAAAUAUCGAAAAGAGAGAUUUCGGUGAACUCAGUAGUAAUAAUGAAGACGAAGGAGAAUAUGAUGAUGAUGAAGAUGAUGGAGCUUCCUCAUCAAUCUUGAGUGGGGCUAGAUAUGAAGUUGAAUCGGAUGAAGAUGAAAUGGGUUUAUGGGAUGAAAGAUCAGGUUUAGAUCCUCAAAUUUUGGAUCCACCUUUACUUUUGGACGAAGACGACGAUGCCAAUGACGCUAUAGAUGACCAAGAGAGGAGGAAAUCUCGUGCACAACCGAAACCUAAAAUGACAGAACAGGACCAUGAUGAUCUGAAAGAAUUCUUGAAGAUGGAAGCUGAACGUAACAGAUUAAUGAAUGAAGUGUCUCUUUCUGACCUCGAUGAUGUGGAUGACAACAAUGGUGAACAUCAAGAUGAAGAUGGAGAUGAAUCCUCGCCUGAACCGUUAGAUCAUGAGGAGAGGGAACGACUUAUAUCACCGAGAUUUAGAGGAACUAGGAUCUUACCGGCUUCAAGAUUAGAAGAUCUCUUCAGCUCAGACGUCGAGAAAACGGAAUCUUCAGAAGAUGAAUUGCAAGUAAUUGGAGGAGAUUCAGAUGAUGAUAAUGACAGUAUAGAUGAAAGCUCCGCAGCGUCUGAUGAUGAGACUUUCCGAACUGAUUCUGUGGUCACUCUGCCGAAACCACGGCGUAGUAAGACUAUUGAAGUUGUCAUACCGAUCGGUCCACGACAACGACGGAUGUCUCUGCCCUCUACUAUCGUGCCGCAAUCCUCUUCGAUACCGCAGCAAAGCGUAAAAGACGCUUUGAAACGAUCGGCGACAGCACCAUCCCUUGCUGAUCUCUUCAAUACUCCCCCUCGAGACGAUGACCUAUGUUCGAGAUCUCCAUCUCCUGCACCCUCCCAUUCUCAUGGACCCGCUGCGUCAAUGUCUCCAGUAGACACGCGUCAGUAUAGCGUUCAAACACUAUCCCCUUCACCACCACCCCGUCAUUCUACGAUUGAGCAGGUCUCACCUGCAUCCAUCUCUCCACCCCAUAUUGCCUCGACUGCGAAAGGAAAGGAACGAAUGGCAGGCGAAAGAUCUACAGAUAUCGUACAGCCACAUUGGGGCCAACCUGAUUCGCCUUACUUUAUCAGAUUAUGGAGGAAUCGAUUGGGUACCGUGCGCUCUUGUAAAAAAUGCAAGAAAGCUGGAGGAGAAAGAGCAGAAAAGGCGCCAUGGUGUAAAGGACGAAAAAGUUCAGAUGAAUGCAGGCUGGAUAGAGGCUUGAAGCAAACACACGCUGAGACAGAUCGAUCGGAUGAAGACGAAGGGGAGGAUGAUCGUGAAAACACCAGGAAGCGCAGUAAAUCAAAACCGCCGUCAAACCAAAAUCAAGAUAUCGAUUCACAUACAUCACAAACUGAAAUCGUGAUGGGUACUGAACGAGCCAGCGCCAGGACGACGACGCAUAAUGAUCAUGAUAAUCCUGGGACCGGUAGGAUUAGAAGAUGUCCUCUUUGUAAAGAAGCAGGUGGAGAAAGAGCUCAAGAGGCUGAUACGUGUCAAGGUAAAGUAUCGUACAGAAGAUGUUAUUGGUAUAUUGUUGGAUCAGGAAGUGAAAUGGACAGUCCGGCGAAACGUCGAGCAUCGUCAAUCAUUUCUAGGAGAAGUAUGUCAAGACGACCUGACGAUGUUUCAGAUAGUGAUAAUACACCUAUCAUCAUGAGGCCAACGAGAUCAGGACCUCGCCCAAGACAAAUACUUACAAUGUCAGGUAGUGAGGAUGAACAAUCACCUGCCCUUACCACAAGGCUACGCAGGAAUAUCACCAUGGAGCCUGAAGGAUUGUCGAUGGAAUUGCCGGCAAGGCCGAAUGAUCUUGAUUCACAAAGGUAUGCCAGGGGUUUUAAAUUGGGUGACAAGAAUUGUCCAAGACGAUGUAAAUUAUGUAACGAAGCUGGUGGGAUAAGAGCCGAAAGAGCUUGGUGGUGUAAAGGCAGAUCAUGGACGAAAUUCUGUUCUUUCUUGGAUGAUCAAAAUGACUCAGCAAUAUCUGAGGUUCAGCUUGUCAAAGAAAGUAAUACUAUCAUCCCAGGUCCCAACAGCAAGACUCCUGAAACGGUCAUCCGAUCUUCGAGCGUUUCAAGGACCAAAAGGAAAAGAGUGGUAUCAAACGCAAGAACUAAUUCACCUACGUCUUCCCCUGUAUUGCAACCGAUCCAUGAUUCCGCGCAAAGCACAAACACAGCAGCUUACAUACCCUCUCCACCUGCCACAUCUUCCGUGGAACCAUAUUCACCCUUACCAGAUCCCUCUUCUAGGAAUAUCCGACUAACCGCUAGUGGAAGAUCUCCCUCUUCAUUCUCGACGCCACCCUCUUCUCCCCCAGUAUUCUCUAUUCGACCUGUUCAUCCAACACCUUCGCCUUCAUUAUCAGCUGUACAGACGAAUGAUUCUCCGAUGGCUUACAAGUCCACACAGACUUUAGCAAGAGGAACGACGUUGGCUUUCAGACCCACGCCACCUCCUUCACUUGAUGGCGCGAGAAGCUCAUCGCUGUUGAGUGACAAGGUCUCGUCGUCUCUUCCUCGAAAAAGUGCUUUGCGUCGACCGUCGAGUGACAGUUGUCCAUCAAGCGGAAGUGUUAAACGAGCAAGAUUCUCUCUGGUACCCCGUUCACCUCCGAGAGAGAUUUCCUCCGAUCCAUUGGAUGACCAUAACGAUAGGUUCCAUGAAGAUGAAUCAUCGAUGCACGAUAUGAGUGUGGAUUAUUCUUCACCGUACCAUCCAGACGGUUCAUUCUCAACAUCAACAUCGAUCUCACCAGCAUUCAACCGAAAUCGAUAUGCCGUCAAUUCUUCGUCCCCUCUGAGGACCGAAUGGUCAGUCCGCGCGGCUGAUAUAGGUAUUAAACUCGGUCCAGAACAUACAGGUUCAUUACCCAAAGGAAUGAUAAAAGCUUUAGCACCUUCUUUAUCAACUUUCAAUCCUACUUUAGGUUCAUCCAUUUCAGUUGUGAAACAAUUCGGAUUACCUACCCCUCCACUAGGUACCGGAUCGAUGUCGACAUCAACAUCGACACCGACAUCAAAAGCGAGCGGAGGUGGAAGUGGGAUGGUAGGUGCAGGUUUGAUGUUACCUCCUCCGGUUCCGUUGAAAAGAUCGACGCCUGCACCAAUGACAUCUCCCUCAAUCUCAACAUCAACAUCUGCAACUACACCUACACCUACACCUACAAACACAACAGCUUCUACUUCUGCAAUAGCUGCCGUAUCCACUUCUUAUAGGAAGACUCGUGAUCGGUUUACAACGCCCGUGCAGGAACUUGCCUCUGAACCAAUAAAAUUCACUUCACAACCUGCUGCUUAUAUACGCGCAUUAGUGAAAUCACGCUCACGGUCAAGAUCAGUAUCGGUAGUAACCUCAAGCAUAUCUACAAAUCAAGGAUAUAUGACCCCUUCCACCAAGAGAGUAUUGAGAGCAGUCAAUAGCACACCAAGGAGGAAGAGUAGAGUGGAAAGGGAAUUGGCUAGGGUGGCUAGAGACUUGGGUGAUGAUGCUGGACUGGAAUGGGGUCUGGAUGAAGAUACGGAAGAUGGUGGAAGGAUGUGGAGAGAAGGUAGUGUGGUCAGUUUUGUAGCAUAA